CCGGGGGGCUGCUGCGCCUGCGUUGUGGGAGUUCUCGGGGAGCAGCUACCACCGCCGCUGCCGCAGCCGCCGUUACCGCCGCGUUCGGGUGUAGAAUUUGGGAGUCCCUGCGCUUCGUUAACAAUGAAGCAGAGUUCGAAUGUGCCGGCUUUCCUUAGCAAGCUGUGGACGCUGGUGGAGGAAACCCACACCAACGAAUUCAUCACCUGGAGCCAGAAUGGCCAAAGUUUUUUGGUUUUGGAUGAGCAAAGAUUUGCAAAAGAAAUUCUUCCCAAAUACUUCAAGCACAAUAACAUGGCAAGUUUUGUGAGGCAACUGAAUAUGUAUGGUUUCCGUAAAGUAGUCCAUAUUGACUCUGGAAUUGUAAAGCAGGAACGAGAUGGUCCUGUUGAAUUUCAGCAUCCUUAUUUCAAACAAGGCCAGGAUGACUUAUUGGAGAACAUUAAAAGGAAGGUUUCAUCUUCAAAACCAGAAGAAAAUAAAAUUCGUCAGGAAGAUUUAACAAAAAUUAUAAGUAGUGCUCAGAAGGUUCAAAUAAAACAAGAGACUAUUGAGUCCAGGCUUUCUGAAUUAAAAAGUGAGAAUGAGUCCCUUUGGAAGGAAGUGUCAGAAUUACGAGCAAAACAUGCACAACAGCAACAAGUUAUUCGAAAGAUUGUCCAGUUUAUUGUUACAUUGGUUCAGAAUAACCAGCUUGUAAGUUUAAAGCGUAAAAGGCCUCUACUUCUGAACACAAAUGGAGCCCAAAAGAAGAACCUGUUUCAGCACAUAGUCAAAGAACCAGCUGAUAAUCACCAUCAUAAAGUUCCACACAGUAGGACUGAAGGUUUAAAGCCAAGGGAGAGGAUUUCAGAUGAUAUCAUUAUUUAUGACGUUACUGAUGAUAAUACAGAUGAAGAAAGUAUCCCAGUUAUUCCAGAAACUAAUGAAGAUGUUAUAUCUGAUCCCUCCAACUGUAGCCAGUACCCUGAUAUUGUCAUUGUUGAAGAUGACAAUGAAGAUGAGUAUGCACCUGUCAUUCAGAGUGGAGAUCAGAACGAACCAGCCAUAGAAUCCCCAAGUUCAGCUAGCGAUGGCAGCAGCCCUCUCAUGUCUAGUGCCGUCCAGCUAAAUGGCUCGUCUAGUCUGACCACAGAAGAUCCCGUGACCAUGAUGGAUUCCAUUCUAAAUGAUAACAUCAAUCUUUUGGGAAAGGUUGAGCUGUUGGAUUAUCUUGACAGUAUCGACUGCAGUUUAGAGGACUUCCAAGCCAUGCUGUCAGGAAGACAGUUUAGCAUAGACCCAGAUCUCCUGGUUGAUCUUUUCACUAGUUCUGUGCAGAUGAAUCCCACAGAUUACAUCAAUAAUACAAAAUCUGAGAAUAAAGGAUUAGAAACUACCAAGAACAAUGUAGUUCAGCCAGUUUCAGAAGAGGGAAGAAAAUCUAAACCCAAAACAGAUAAGCAGCUUGUCCAGUACACGGCCUUUCCUCUUCUUGCAUUCCUCGAUGGAAACCCUGCUUCAGCUGUUGAGCAGGGAGACACAGCAUCAUCAGAAGUUAUGUCUUCUGUAGAUAAACCCAUAGAGGUUGAUGAGCUUCUGGACAGCAGCCUGGACCCAGAACCAACCCAAAGCAAGCUUGUUCGCCUGGAGCCACUGACUGAAGCUGAAGCUAGUGAAGCCACACUGUUUUAUUUAUGUGAACUUGCUCCUGCACCUCUGGAUAGUGAUAUGCCACUUUUAGAUAGCUAAAUCCCCAAGAAGUGGACUCUAAAUGUAUAUAUUCAUCAAAAUGAUGAACUAUUUAUUUUAAAGUAUCAUUUGGUACUUUUUUUUGUAAAUGUUUUGUUUAAUCCGAUAUUAUGGAAUCAAAAGCACCUUUUUGCUUUUCUCACUAACCACACACUCUUAACAAAGCUUUCAGAUGUUACUCAGCUACGUAGGUACACAAGAUUUAAUGCACAUUAUUGGCAUAUCUUUAAGUUGGACUCAUGGCCAUUUUUCUCCAGUUGUAGUAAAUUGGAUUUCUUUUUUACAUAUUAUGCCCAUUAACCCCAGUUAAACUUCUGUUUUACUUGUUUGACGCUGUCUGUUUGCAUUCAGUGUGUAAGUCACUAGAACUAAUCGUAGAACUCCUAAAGCUUUCUCUGUUUCAGUUACUUUUAUUAUUUUUCACUUGGCUCAUUUUUAGAACUGGAAACAUAAAGUGCCUGUAUCUUGUAAAACUUCACUUGUCUCUUUCGGUUCAGAGAAGUUCAUUCAUGUUCAACAAGAAAGGCAAAGUAUACGCGAACGCUUGCUGAUUCGGUUCCAGCUCCAUGUAAGUAGACGGGGAUGGGGGUGGUGCCAGCCCUAUCUACUUGUUGGACUAGUUUUAAGUAAAAGUUUUCUGGCUUGUUUGUGUUCAUUUGAACCAUACUAUUUAGUAAAAUAAAUAGUGAAUGUUGUGUA